CACCGCUCAUUUUCUUUUCUCAGACCUUUUUCUUUUUCUCCGCGUUAUCCGAUAAUACCACUACUGUAGAACGUAAUCUCUUGGGUUUUUUCAGAAUGGCUCUCCAGGCGGCCGCUUCCUUCCUCCUCCCGUCGUCGGCGCUCUCCGCCCGCAAGGAGGGGGCGGUGAAGGAUUCGGCGUUCCUCGGUGUUCGUCUCGUGGAUGGCCUCAGGUUGGAGACCGGCUCUCUCGGCCUGCGCACCAAGCGGCUGAACACGUCGUCAGUGGCCAUCCGCGCGCAGGCGACGGCGGUGUCGGAGGCCCCGGCGGCACCAGCGGGCAAGAAAGCCGUGCGCACGGGCACGGCGAUCAUCACGGGCGCCUCCUCAGGCCUGGGCCUGGCCACGGCCAAGGCGCUGUCCGAGAGCGGCAAGUGGCACGUGAUCAUGGCGUGCCGCGACUACCUCAAGGCGGCCCGUGCCGCCCGGGCGGCCGGCAUGGCGAAAGGGAGCUACACCAUCGUGCACCUGGACCUGGCCUCCCUGGACAGCGUCCGGCAGUUCGUGUCCAACGUGCGCGGCCUCGGCAUGCCAAUCGACGUCGUGGUCUGCAACGCCGCCGUGUACCAGCCCACGGCCAAGCAGCCCUCCUUCACCGCCGACGGCUUCGAGCUCAGCGUCGGCGUCAACCACCUCGGCCACUUCCUCCUCGCGCGCGAGCUCCUCGAAGACCUCAAGUCCUCCGACUUCCCCUCCAAGCGCCUCAUCAUCGUCGGCUCCAUCACCGGGAACACGAACACGCUGGCGGGGAACGUGCCGCCGAAGGCGAACCUGGGGGACCUGCGAGGGCUAGCGGCCGGGCUGAACGGUACCGCGUCGUCGGCGAUGAUCGACGGCGGGGAGUUCGACGGUGCGAAGGCGUACAAGGACAGCAAGGUGUGCAACAUGCUGACGAUGCAGGAGUUCCACAGGAGGUUCCACGAGGAGACCGGGGUGACCUUCGCGUCGCUCUACCCGGGCUGCAUCGCCACCACGGGGCUCUUCCGGGAGCACGUCCCGCUCUUCCGCUUCCUCUUCCCGCCCUUCCAGAAGUACAUCACCAAGGGGUACGUGUCCGAGGAGGAGGCCGGGAAGCGGCUGGCGCAGGUGGUCAGCGAGCCCAGCCUGACCAAGUCCGGCGUCUACUGGAGCUGGAACCAGAACUCGGCGUCCUUUGAGAACCAGCUCUCCGAGGAAGCGAGUGAUACGGAGAAGGCCAGGAAGGUUUGGGAGCUCAGUGAGAAGCUCGUUGGGCUCGCAUGAUGAUGAGAAUAUGAGAUCGACCGUCGCCUCCGUAGGUGGAUUGGGAUGGCGAUUGCUCUUUUGUGUGCUUGUCUGGUUUCUUCGAACCGGGAGAUAAAUCGUAGGACACGUACGUUUCGCACAAACUGCUACUAGUAGAUUUUCUUAUGUGGCAAGCCCAGUCUUAAGUCGGAGAGUGAGUUCAAGUAAGUGUGACUGAGCCUGUAAAAGUACCUAGCUGUUCUUUUUUGCUUUGAUUUGGUAAUAGUGAAAAUAAAUUAGUGUUACCCGCAAAAUAACAAAACGCAUCUUCGGUUC